CGGAGAGAUGGCGCAGGGAUUCAGGACUAGACAUUCCAGUUUGCUGGAGACAUGUUGCUACUGAGGCCUGUAGCUAUGGGGGACACCCACCCGUCAGUCCGCUCAUUAUGCAUAGCCGGUGCUCUGAGAGAUAGUGUAUUGGGCAAAGUUCCCAUCCUGUGGAGCUUACUGUCGGAAAAAUCCUCUGUGCACAAAGGAGGCUGGCAGAAUAGCAGUUGAUCCACAGUGGGAGCCCAAAGAGUGAAGUAAGCACAACUAGGCAAAAAUGGCUGUAUGGUAUUUAGAGAUCUGGGUACCAGCUGCGGUGUGCUCAUAUCUGCAGAGGCUUCUGUUCAGCUAAGAGCGGGCCGUGGAUUCAGGAUCCUUAAUCGAAGUGGGGGCUCUGAAGUAGACUAUUCAGUCUCCAGCAAAGCAGAUGAGAAGCGCGAUUGGUCACAGCCAGAUGAACCAGGUACUCUUCGACCUCUGAGUCCUCUAGUGAUCUUGCAAUGAUACUGUUUUAUUAAAAAUGAACAGUAAGAAGCAAAGUCUGGUAAAAUACUAUGUUGGAAUUGAUGUCGGGUCAGCAAGUGUUCGUGCGGCUUUGGUAGACAGGUUUGGGACAGUAGUGGCACAUGCAGAUCAGCCAAUCCAAAUUUGGGAGCCCCAACCAGACCACUAUGAGCAAUCCUCUGCAGACAUCUGGGCUGCUUGUUGCUCAGUCACAAAGAAAGUGGUCCGUGGAGUAGAUGCUAGCCAGAUUCGAGGGGUUGGUUUUGAUGCUACAUGUUCCCUUGUUGUUGUGGAUAAACAGUUCCAACCUUUGGCAGUCAACUGUGAAGGACAAAACUAUAGGAAUGUUAUUAUGUGGAUGGACCAUCGUGCAGUCAGUCAAGUUGAGUGCAUCAAUGCAACGCAACACAGGGUUUUGAGCUAUGUAGGGGGGGUGAUGUCUGUGGAAAUGCAGCCACCUAAAUUGCUGUGGAUAAAGGAAAACUUGAAAGAAUCGUGCUGGGAGAAGGCAGGCUAUUUCUUUGAUCUUCCUGAUUUUUUAUCUUGGAAAGCCACAGGUGUCACUGCAAGGUCCCUCUGUACAGUAGUGUGCAAGUGGACGUACACUCCAGAUGGAGGUUGGGAUGACACUUUCUGGGAAAUGAUAGGUUUGGAAGAUUUGGUGAAGGAUAAGUAUGAAAAAAUAGGAAACCACGUCUUGUCUCCUGGAGAGUCUGUUGGAAAAGGCCUAACGCCAGAAGCAGCAAAAGAUCUCGGUCUCCCUGAAGGGAUCGCAGUAGCAGCAUCUCUCAUCGAUGCACAUGCUGGAGGACUAGGAGUAAUUGGAGCAGAUGUGAAAGGACAUAACCUGCCGUGUGAGAACCAGCCAAUUACAUCCCGAGUUGCUAUGAUCUGUGGAACAUCGUCAUGCCACAUGGGGAUCAGUGAAACACCCAUUUUUGUGCCUGGUGUUUGGGGACCUUAUUUCUCUGCAAUGGUACCUGGAUUGUGGUUGAAUGAGGGUGGUCAAAGUGCUACAGGAAAACUGAUAGAUCAUGUGGUCCGAGGCCAUGUCGCCUUCCCGGAAUUACAGUCAAAAGCUGCAGCCAGUGCUCACAGUAUAUAUACGUACUUGAACAGUCACCUGGAUCUGAUUAAGAAAUCUUUGCCUGUGGGUUUCCUCACUGUUGAUUUACAUGUUUGGCCAGAUUUCCAUGGUAACAGAUCUCCCUUAACAGAUCUGACACUAAAGGGCAUGGUUGUUGGACUAACAUUGUCUCGGGGUCUGGAUGAACUUGCCCUUAUCUACUUGGCCACGAUUCAAGCCAUUGCUUUAGGAACAAGACAUAUUUUGGAAACCAUGCAGGCUGCAGGGCAUCAUAUCAACACACUGUUUCUGUGCGGUGGGCUGAGCAAGAACCCUCUCUUUGUGCAGAUGCACGCGGACAUCACUGGCAAGCCUGUUGUCCUGUCGAAAGAAGUGGAGUCUGUUUUGGUGGGUGCUGCUGUUCUUGGAGCUUGUGCUUCUGGGGAUUUUGCAUCUAUACAGGAAGCCAUGGCAAAAAUGGGGAAAAUCGGGAGAGUCGUGCAGCCUAACCACGAGCAUCAAAGAUUUUAUGACAAGAAAUACGAAGUGUUUCUGAAACUUGUGGAACAUCAGAGAGAGUAUCGCUCCAUCAUGAACAGCUUCUGAUCUGGAGUCAUAAUUGGGGAACAGCAGGGAUAACAAAUCUCUUGCGAUGAGGGUAAUUCUACUGUCCAUGGUGAAAAUAUGCUUUUAUCAUUUAAGGUCUACAUUUUAAUUUUUAAUGAGAAAUAAAAUGCACUCACUUCA